AUGAGCCACGAGAACGCAAAGACCCCUUCUGAGUCACCCAAAGAAAGCCAUUUCUUGAUAUGCUCUGUUCUAUUUUCCCUUGCUGAGUUCGACCAAGACCUGAGCAAACUUGAAAGAUGUAUGGAUGCCUUGAUUGCAAAAAAGGCAACUUGCAAAAGGCCAUUCUUGGAACAACAGGAACUGGGGCGGGAAAACAUCCAACAAGGUUGCGGAAAAAUCAACAAAUUGGCAAAUGUAAUAGACAUCUCGAGUGCUCAGAGAGGCGGAAAGAGCACAAUUUCCUUGUAUGAUCUAAAGGAAGCACACAUCCCACUUCACAGCACACUUUGGAAACAUUUUUAG